AUGCCACGUGCAGUCAAAGGCCUGCUCAUCGAAUGCGAUCCCUCAAUCAAAGCCAUGAUCCAAAUGUACGACGAGGAGCGCCAUGACUACAUCGUGGAGGACCUGGAUGACGACAGACACCUAGUAAUCAAAGAGAGCCAGCUCGAAAACCUGAAAGCGCGUCUCGAUCAGGACCUCGAUGCCAAGAUCGGUGGAUUAGAAGACUCCGAGUCUGAAGGGCAAUGA